AUGAAGGUAGCAUUUGCUGCUGUGCUACUUCUGUGUCUUGUCCUCAGCUCCUCCUUCUUCCAAGUGUCAACAGCCAGUUCUGCAUUCUGCACCUCCAAGUGCGCGAGGAGGUGCGCUAAGGCCGGGAUGAAGGACAGGUGCAUGAAGUUCUGCGGAAUCUGCUGCAGCAAGUGCAGGUGUGUGCCAUCUGGGACUUAUGGUAACAAGCACGAGUGUCCCUGUUACAGGGACUUGAAGAACUCCAAGGGCAAGGGAAAGUGCCCUUAA